AUGAAUAUCAGAACCAAGUUAACCUGUCAAAAACUGUUUGCUGAAUUCCUAUGCAGCCUGAUAUUCGGAUUUGCUGUCUACAGCGCCGUAUUGAACACAAAGGCGAGCGAGAACCCAGCCCCAAGCACGGCCGUUGGCCUCACAGUCGCAUUCAGCAGCAUCGCCCUGAUCUACACGUUCUGCGACCACUGUGCUUCGCACUUCAACCCAGCCAUCACAAUCGCAGCCCUGGUCACUGGCAAGCUCGACCUGGCCCUUGGAAUCGGUUACGUCAUCGCCCAGCUCCUCGGCUUCUUCAUCGCCUCCCUCCUGGCCGUCCUCUGCUUCCCAUACGGAUACAGCAAGACACUCGAUCUCAUUACGCCUGGUGCCGUNGUCUACAGCGCCGUAUUGAACACAAAGGCGAGCGAGAACCCAGCCCCAAGCACGGCCGUUGGCCUCACAGUCGCAUUCAGCAGCAUCGCCCUGAUCUACACGUUCUGCGACCACUGUGCUUCGCACUUCAACCCAGCCAUCACAAUCGCAGCCCUGGUCACUGGCAAGCUCGACCUGGCCCUUGGAAUCGGUUACGUCAUCGCCCAGCUCCUCGGCUUCUUCAUCGCCUCCCUCCUGGCCGUCCUCUGCUUCCCAUACGGAUACAGCAAGACACUCGAUCUCAUUACGCCUGGUGCCGUAUCAGACGAGAUAUCGGACCACAACAUCUUCUGGGCCGAAUUCAUCCUCUCAUUCAUCCUGGUCUUCGUUGCAUUUGAAGUCGGAAUAAACGCAGUCAGGGAGCCAGGGGUGACUCUCUUCGUAGGCGAGACGCAGAUUGAUCGAAGCAAGUUUGCUCCUCUCACAAUUGGAUCCACUCUUGGAUUUCUGGCAUUUCUGGCCUCGUCCACUUCUGGUGGCGCAUUCAACCCGGGAAUCGUCUUUGGGCCGUCGAUUGCAGGUGGCAACUUCGAAUAUUUCUGGCAGUUUGUUGUGGCCGAAUUGUGUGGUGGACUCCUAGGCGGAUUGGUGCAAGUCUUCCUUCUCUUUAAAUAA